CACACCUAAGGCGGUUAUUGUAAAUGAAAUGGUCACAGAUAAUAACUUAUCUGUUGGAGGAGGAGCUGUAACUGUAUAUAAUGAAGAGGAGGAGCUGUAGCUAUAUAUAAUGAAGAGGAGGAGCUGUAACUAUAUAUAUUAAAGAGGAGCUGUAACUAUAUAUAAUGAAGAGGAGGAGCUGAUGAUGUUUAAAGGAGGAGCUGUAACUAUAUAUAAUAAAGAGGAAGACAGACAGAAGCUGACAGAAGCAGAAAUGUCUGAUCAGUGUGAUCUGUGUCUGCUGGGACUGAUCAUUCUCUCUUCACUUCUCACAGGCACCAGUGGAGUGGAUGAUGAUGAUCAUGUGUUCAUCAGUUCUGGUGUAGAUGUCCGUCUGUCCUGUAAUAAUGCUCUUUCUGACUGCAAAUCAACUACAUGGACCUACAGCAGCUUCAGACGUCCAGUAGUAGUUGGACUGAUUGAAUUAGGGAUAAAGAAUAAAGACACAGAGAGACAUGAGAGACUGAGUCUGGAGUCUGACUGCUCUCUGAACAUCAAGAACGUCACAGAAGAAGAUUAUGGAUUAUACAUCUGCCAACAAUAUGAGAACGACAGACAACAAGGAACUGAUGCACGUGUUUAUCUGCAUGUUCUUCAUGUUUCAGUGUCUCCAUCAUCAUCAUCAUCAUCUUCAUCCUCACAGACUGAGAUCAGUCCAGGCCACUCUGUGACUCUCUACUGUCAGUUGUAUUCAUAUUCUGGACUCUCCUGUGAUGAUCGGAUCAGUCCUGAGGGAUUUGAGCUGUUGUGGGUGAAUCAGACUGGUGUUGAUCUGAAGACAGACUCCAGAUAUCAGAUAUCAUCAUCAUCAUCAUCAUCAUCAUCAUCAUCUCCAGAUCGCUGUAUCAUCACUCUGACUACAACACUCCUGAAUGAAGAUAACAACAGAGUGUGGAGAUGUCAGCUUACUCACAGAAAUCAACUCCAGACGUCAGUCACAUACACUGUCAAGUAUUCAGCUCCAGUCUCUUCAUCAACACUGACUCCAGACACCACAACAAACUCUCUGAAUCCAGGUGUAACUACAACUACAUCAACUACAGUAACAACACUUCCCACAGCAAACUCUCCGAAUCCAGGUGUAACUACAACUACAUUAACUACAGUAACAGGACUUGCCACAGCAAAAUCUCUGAAUCCAGGGCUUGUGGCUGUGAUUGUGAUUGUUGCCGCUUCAUUCGCUCUGGCUCUUAUUCUCUGGGUGAUUCGUAAAAAAAGAGCAGGCAACAGAAGAGGGACUGGUGACUCUGUGGAGCAGACAGAUGACGUGACUUAUACUGAAGUCGCUGCGUACAGUAAAAAACAAAACAAAAAGAACAAGGUUCGCUGUGAUGAUAGAGUGACGUAUGCUUCCAUCAGAGGAGCAAAAGCUGGAGCUCAGGAGAACUGCAGUGAACUUUAUGCCUCUGUGAACAAGAACAAACCAGUCAAAUAAUUAUACAAAACACACAUCAGCAGAGGAAUAUCAAUCUAAUAUAACUCAUUCUUUAACAUGUUAACAAACAAUUGUAGUGAAUUGUUGUCUUUUAUCCUCUUUGUGUUCUGGCUUUGAGUUCUAGCGCAUUCAGAACUGUUUUAAUAACCUUUGGUCUAGUUUUAAUUUAGCGAUAUGGAGCUAGUGUGACUAAUGGUAUAUAUUUUCAGUAGUAUUUUCAGAGCGAUGAACUCACUGUUGAGGUCUGGGAACAUGUUACUGAUGUGUGUGAGAACUCAGUUAGUUUGACCACACAUGCUAUUAGAGAAACACGUGUGGUUAAAGAAGAAAGAAAGAAGAGGAACUGACAUCCUAACCCACACACAACUGGUCAUCUCUGAACCCAGUUUGGAAAAAUGGGUUUUGGGGGUUUGUGAACCCGAGGUUACCCCGUGAGUCAGUCCUAGAGCUCGUCCUGUCCAACUUUAGGGGGAAAUCGGGUCCAUCAGAGACACCCAGUAGAUUUAUAUUGUGCCGAAAGAACAAGUGUAAUCGAAAAUCUCAGGGUAAAACUGGGUGUUGUGAAAAAUACAAUACAUCGAAGUUUUUC